AUGAAGGAUUCACUUUUUAAAAAUUAUUAUGGCUCAUGGCUGGAGACUUCGGAUGACUUGCAGACCAAUGCUGCAUGUGUCAUGCCCUCCAGACCUCUGCUCAAGAGUGCGUGUGAAGCCCUGAAACAAGUCCACCCAGAUGUUUGCAAGAGGUAUUUCGGCUGUGGGCUGGUGAUUCCAGAGAAGCUGGAAGGAUGUACGGUUCUUGAUCUGGGCAGUGGAUCGGGCAGAGACUGCUACGUCCUCAGCAAACUGGUGGGGGAGAGAGGUCGAGUCAUUGGACUAGAUAUGACUGACGAGAUGAUAGUUGCUUCACAAAAAUAUGUCCAGUACCAUCAGGAGCAGUUUGGAUACUCAAAACCAAACACUGUGUUUGUGAAAGGAUACAUGGAGAAGCUCAAUGAUGCAGGGAUACAGAACAACUCUUUGGAUGUAGUUGUGUCAAAUUGUGUGAUAUGUCUGUGCCCAGAUAAGAGGACUGUGAUAAGUGAAGCUUACAACGUUCUGAAGGUGAGAUUUUUCCAUCACAUACCUACUGAUAAUUUCCCCUCAUUAUUGUAUUUAUGCAAGAAAAACCUAAAAUUUUUGCACUUUGCAAACACUGUUUCAUAUGUGAAUGAUCUCAUAGGAGGGUGGAGAGUUGUACUAUAUGAAUUUGAUUUGGUGGAUUUAAAUGAGCGCUUGUUCCUUUCAGGUGAGGGAAUGGCUGGUGCCCUCUACUGGCGGGAUCUCAUCACUCUGAUGAAUGACAUAGGCUUCAGCACUCCCCACAUGGUUGCAGGCAGUCAAAUUGUGGUUCACAACCCAGAAAUUCAAAGAAAGACUGGUGAUGUUAAAUAUGUAUCUGGAACUUACCGGAUCUUUAAACUGCCUCAAAACUCCAUCAAGACCAGAGCGCUGGUCACAUAUAAAGGCACCGUGCCUGAUUGUGCUGAAUGUUUUGAGCUUGAUGCCUCUCAUUCCUUUGAGACAAAUGUCCCAGUGGAGGUGGGUGCAGAGAUGGCCGCCAUCCUCCAAAACACCCGUUUCUCUACAGACUUCAAUAUUACAAUGUUAGACACUCCAGAUACAGACCAGAGCAGUACUCCGCAGUAUUGCCACCUUAGCCCGUUCCUUCUCGCGGAUAAACUGGGUUCCUCAGUCAAACAGUGCUCGAAGACAGGACACUAAGGUAAAUGUGGAGAGUCUGGUGGAUCAUGUGAUGUCUAGAUCAACUUCAGAAAAUGUAAUGGGAAGUGAGAGUAUAGGGUGUUUAGUGCUCAAGUGAUCAAUCCUUAUGUUUUCUUUAGAUUUGCAAAAGCUAUUUGCUCUCUUAAUUGUAAAUGACUUUUAAUAAAACAAAAUUACAAAACAAUAAAACAAUGGUAAUAAUUAAGAUAUUAAUUACAGAAUGCAAAGUUAUCCACGUUUGAUUAAAAAAAAAAAAUAAUCAAGA